AUGGGGUUCCUCCAUCUAGAUGGCACAGCCGUGACACAAGAAAUCCUGGGGACGGGCGGCUCUGGCUUGAACGUUCGGGCGGGGACUUUUGCGGUGAAAAUACCACGGCUCUGGCUAGGGGUCGAUGUCCCUAGCGACGGGACGCUCACCGUCGAGCCGGGAGACUUCGAUAUGCUGCAAUACCGAGUGGACCAGUUCAAUAAAGAAAAGGCAAUUUUCAGACCCGAUCUGUCAAUUCGAAUGAAACACGCCACAUACGGCGAUCUUUGCAGCUACUUGGAACGUGAGAAGCCAUCCCGGCAGACGCAACUGAGGUGGUUGUCGGAAAUGGCGCAUACGCUCUCAGAGAUUCACCGCCGGCGUGUCAUUGUGGCUGACGUCCGCUCCGACAACUUCUUGAUCGACGACGGCCAAUCGAUCUACAUCACUGACUUUGGGGAAUCUAGUCUGAUACCGCUGGACUGGGAUAUGAAGAAACCUAAUGCAGAUGGCGGAUCCGUCCUCACUGACAUUGGAAAUUUUGGGACCGUCAUGUUCGAAGUCGUUACUGGUCGGGAUUGCAAAUUCGACCUCUUCCAAGACUGGCAACCUCGACAACCUGGACAUCCCUUUUCCUGGCCAAGCAAGGCCAGUCUUCCGUCGACCGACGGCAUAUGGCUUGGCCACAUCAUCGAGGCCUGUUGGACUGAAGGAUCCUUUGCCACUGCAGACGAGCUUGCAGCAGCGUUGGACAAUGAGCGCAUCAGUUCGCCGAAUAUGACGGAGGACCUGUAUCCUUCAUGA